CUGCCAACUGGGUAUUCGAGGACAACGAGUCCGGCAUUGACUACUACAAAAUAACUGUGCUGAGAACAAUUGCCGGGGCACAGAGACAGAUAUACCCCCGAGAGGAACCAGCCUUAUACUGGACGGGAGGCAGAACACAUGGAUGUCACCGUCCGUACUUACUUUGGUCAACGGCGGGCAUUACCUUGUACGUGUGUCGGCGGUCAACGGUGCAGGGGCAUCAACAGUGCACGAAACCGACGGUGUGAUAGUAGACACCAGUCCACCUGAUAUGAUUAGUCUGAAGAUUGGGGUGACAUCAGGAGAACCAGAGGAGCUGGAGGACGGCUAUGUUCUCCACACAGACCUACAGGGCAUCCAGGCGUCCUGGAUGGCUACUGACUUUGAGAGCGGCGUGGUGUCCUAUUGGGCAGCUGUGGGAACAACCCCAGGUGGCAGUGAUGUCAGUGAUUACCAACACAUUGGGCAUGAAACGGACGGAUACGUCGGAAAUCUCAAUCUUCAACUCACUAACAAAACAACCUACUCACCUGUCUACUAUCUAACGGUGAAGGCUGAGAAUGCGGCGGGUAGCUUUUCAACGAACAUCACUUCAAGCCCUAUAAAGGUAGUCCGCGCUGAUCAAGCCGGAACAGUAACUGACGGCUGGGAGACGUGGACUACAGUAGAACAGGCCAUGACUGUGGAUGUCGACUAUCAGAGGGAUGUGUCAACUGUCACAGUCCAGUUUGGCGGGUUUGAGAGUGAGCAGCACGGCAUCACCCAUUACGAGUGGUCGGUGGGGACGGAGCCGAGACUGGACGAUGUGCAGCCGUACACAGCAGCGGGGAUUGCACUGUCGGACCAUACCGAUAAUCCUGGAGGAGGCAUCAGUAGCCAUGGGAAGGCUCAGUCCCUCAUACCCCUAAGCCCCGGUGUACAGUACUACGCCACGGUCCGAGCUAUCACCGGUGCAGGGAACGUGCUGGACUUCGCUACAGACGGGUUCACAGUCGACAUCACUCCGCCUGUCAUACAGAUAGACAGCGUUGGUGUACAGAUUGGUAAUACUUCCAUUGGACAGGAUUGGGUACGUCCUCAGUAUCAGAAGUCAGCUGAUUCUCUCAGUGCACGUUGGCAAGUCAUUGAAAAAAAGGAUACCGUAGCCUACUCGGCGUUCUGCUUCGGAAGUUACCCCGGUGCCUGUAACAUCUACCCAUUCACAAAUACCACUGUCACGUCAGUGCCUAACUCCCUGGUGAAACCGUUAACAGAGGGACUGCCAAACAUAUUUAGUAUUUCAGUGAUGAACAGGGUUGGUCUUUGGGGACAGGCUAUCUCGGGUAGCUUGACUGUUGACGAGACCCCUCCUGUUGCCGGUGAGGUUUUCUGUCCCCAGUUUGUACAAGACGCCAGUGAGCUGUCCUGUCACUGGCACGGGUUCUAUGACACGGAGAGCACCAUCCAGUACUACAUGUUUGGUGUUGGGGAAGCUGAGGGAGAUGACUCCGUCUUUAACUUCACUCAUAUUCCACAUUACCAAACGCAAUACAGACCCACAGGGCUGACCAUGGCACAUGGGGCGCUUUACUAUGUCACUGUUAUCGCGUUCAAUGCUGUUUAGGACUUUCAGGCUGCAUAUUCUGCACCAAUCGUGAUCGACUUCACUCCUCCUGUUGCCGGCCGGGUUGUGGAACUGAGUCGGUAUGAGGAAGUGAA